UCGUUGAUCGAUCGGGAGUGUUGGGCAAACUUUCUCUCCGAUCUCGCGUACCGCUGGUAGAACGCGUACAGCUGUCAAACAAAGUGAUCGCGAGCCCGUGUGUUUGUGUAUACGCCGCGUUGGAAGUGUUUUGCUGUCCAGUGCAGUGUUCCCGGUCGUGAAAAUGGAUACCGGAACCGGGAUGCUGUGGUUAGUGCUAGUGGCGGCCGGGUUAUUUCUCCGUGCUACCGUUUCGUUGCACUCUUACUCCGGUGCCAACCGGCCACCGAUGUAUGGAGAUUUUGAAGCACAACGACACUGGCAAGAGGUGACGGUUAAUCUCCCGGUGGGUGAUUGGUACCGGAACACGUCGGACAACGAUUUGCUGUACUGGGGGUUGGAUUAUCCUCCGCUCACCGCUUACCAUAGCUAUCUGGUUGGCUUAUGGGCACGCCGGUGGCACAAUGAAUCGUUCGUUGCGCUGCACACGUCGCGGGGUAUUAGCACGGAUGAGCAUAAACAUUUUAUGCGAAACACUGUCCUACUGGUCGAUGUUAUCCUGUACGUUCCAGCCAUCCUGUACGCCACGUACACCGUAAGGAGACGGAUGGCAAAUGAUCCAUCGAAACCUCACAAGGGGGUUGAGUGGCUUUCUCCAGUCCUGGCUGUACUGUUCCCGGGACAAAUUCUCAUCGACAACGGUCAUUUCCAGUACAACAACGUAUCGCUUGCCUUGUGUGCUCUCGCCAUUGUGGCCGUUAUCGAAAGGCGAACGCUGGCAGGAGCGAUUCUAUUCUGUCUCGCGCUUAACUACAAGCAAAUGGAACUCUACCACGCCUUGCCAUUCUUUUUCUACCUUCUGCGUGAUUGUUUCACCAUAACGGAUAGUUCUGCUACGCCCGGACGACGGCUCAUAAUCGGUGUAAAAAGGUUAACCCUGCUCGGUGCAACUGUUCUGCUAACAUUCAUCAUCCUUUGGCUUCCCUGGUUGCGAUCACUUGAUGCUGUUGGGCAGCUAGUGCAUCGGAUAUUCCCGGUGGCACGUGGCGUUUUCGAGGACAAAGUGUCCAACGUUUGGUGUGUGGUAAACGUAUUCGUUAAGCUAAGGAACAUUCCCAACACAACGAUGGCAUUCGUUUGUUUGCUGUGCACCUUGCUAGCCGUCCUGCCAAGUGGAUUGCAUCUGCUUUUUCAAAAAACACCUACAACUCGAAGCUUUCUGUAUUCGCUCACCGUGACGGCACUUGGAUUUUUCCUGUUCAGCUUUCAAGUGCACGAAAAAUCGAUUCUUCUAGCAGCACUUCCGGCCACGCUGCUUCUACCACUGGAACCACUCGUGUCCUGCUGGUUUCUCCAGGUGGCCACCUUCAGCAUGUUACCGUUGCUUCAUAAAGAUGGUCUCACAGGAGCGUUUGUGGCUCUUUCGAUCAUUAGCCUUACAUUGCUUCGGAUAGCAGCCAGACCACAGGGACAACAAUCAUCCAACAAAAAUAAAAAAUCGUCAUACGAUACGCUCAAUCUACGUGGAUUGCUUCCGGAGGGAAUCGGAAACCAAGCUUCAGGGAGUGUCCUUCUAGCACUGUUCUAUUUAUCCCUGUUGGGACAGAUUGUACUGCUGCUGGCAUUCCUUUGCUUUAGGCCACCGCCACAUCUUCCAUUCAUUUAUCCUCUUCUCAUAUCGGCAUACAGCUGUGGACACUUUGUGCUAUUUUACCUGUACUUUAACUACAGACAGCUCUGUAACGACGGAACUGAUCAGUCGAACAAGUUGCCAUCUAAAAUAAGUUUAAAAAAGAAAGCAAAAUAAAGUAACUGUUAAAUAGCAGUCAAGCUGGUUAGUUUUGUUCGGAAAAGAAGCGUUGAUCUU